AUGUGCGGCCGCUUUGCUCUCGGCGUACAGGCCAACGACCUCGCCACUGCCACCCACCGCGACUACUUUGCCCACGCUCCCCCUCCCGCCUCGUCCCCACCUUCGCACACCGACCACCGCGACCAGGAGCACGACCACCAGCCUCAGCAACAGCACACCUCAAGCAGCACCACCACCGACCACCCGGUCCAGUGGGCCUCGCUCGAGUCGCAGUCGGCCUUCCGCCCUCGGUUCAACGUCGCUCCCACCACCAAGGUCCCCGUCCUGAGGCGCAGCCAGCGCGACCCCGCCACGUUCGAGUUUGACCUCCUCCGCUGGGGCCUCGUUCCGCACUGGUACGCGACCCCGCCCGACGCCGGCCUGAGCACCAUCAACGCCCAGUGCGAGUCCGUCUUCGAGGCCACCCCGGCCUGGCGCGGCCCGCGCGACUCAAAGCGCUGCGUCGUCGUCGCCCAGGGCUUUUACGAGUGGCUCAACAAGGGCAAGGACAAGGUCCCCCACUUUGUCAAGCGCAAGGACGGCAAGCUCAUGGCGUUCGCCGGCCUGUGGGACCACUGCGACUACAAGGGCGCCUACGACCCGGUGACGAGCUACACGAUCCUCACGGUCCCGGUCAACAAGCAGCUGCGCUUCCUCCACUCGCGCAUGCCCGCCAUCCUCUCGUCCGGCGCCGAGAUCGCCACGUGGCUGUCCGACAGCCGCUGGAACGACAAGCUCAAGACGCUCGUGCGCCCCUUUGAGGGCGAGCUCGAGUGCUACGCCGUCGACAAGGGCGUCGGAAAGGCCGGCAACGAGAGCGAGGACUUUGUCAAGCCCGUCGCGCAGAAGAAGGGUUCCCUCGACAGCUUCUUUGCGCGCCAGACGGCGUCGUCGGGCUCGGGCUCGGGCGCGGGCUCGGGCGCCAAGCCCAAGCAGGCCUCCUCAUCGUCGUCGGCGUCGUCGUCGUCGCACAAGCCGCCCGCUCCGACCUCGACCUCGUCGUCCAAGCCCGUCAAGCCCAAGUCGUCCACGUCCACGUCGGCGUCCGCCUCGCCGCUGUCGUCGUCGACCUCGCGUCGCGAGCCGCAGGGCGCGCUCGAGCCGCUCCAGGAGGACGAGCGCGACGCGCACGACGCCGCCUCGAGCGUCGGCGACGGCGUCGGCGCGCCCAAGCUCGAGCAGGACGACGAGCCGGCCGCGUUCAACGCCGACGAGGACACGCCCGGGCGCGUCGGGGCCGUCGCCGCCGAGCUGUCGCCCGCCGCCGCCGACGCAGGCUCGAGCUCGAGCGUCCGCGGUGCGGCGGCGUCGGGCGACAAGGGCACGAAGCGCUCGAGGAGCGCGAGCGGCGACGGCGGCGGCGUCGACGUGAUCGACAUCGCGAGCGACUCGUCGGGCGACGAGGGCGAGGGCGAGGUGCGCGCGGCCAAGAGGGCCAAGAAGGACCCGCCGGCCGAGCAAGGUGGUAAGCAGGGCGAGCGCGAGGGCGGCGAGGGCGGCGCGGCGGACGAGAAGGAGAAGGGGAAGGAGAAGGACAAGACCAAGGCGGACGACGAGGGCAACGAGGCGCUGACGGAUUUUUUCGCCGUCGUGCCUCAGGGCGAGGAGCAGGGCAAGGGCGGCGAGUGAGCCUGUUGGUGGGUGCGCUCGGUGAGGAGGCGAGAGGGAGGAGGAGGAGGUUCCGGUUCCGCUUGUUCGUUGUUCUCCUUUCGCAGGUUCUCGUUCUCUCUCUCUCUCGGUUCGUCGUUCGUCUGUCUACCCCCUCGCACUGCAACUCGCACGAUACUCUCUCC